CACGGGAAUUAUCAGUGCGCAGGCGAAUCCACUAAUGAUUAUUUUCUGGUAUAUGGUGAUAUUUCAUAUGUGUUAAACAUACAUUGUGAUUAUAUUUCAUUUUAAAGUGACAACGUUGUUCCAAAAUGAUGAACUAUGGAUCUAGCGGUGUGACUCUAAAAGCCUUACUUGAGGAUCCUAACCUCCAAAAUCCCCCGCUUCUCAGUUCAAAUGGAAAAGAUAAAAAGAAGGGAGAACAAGGAGCACAGUAUGAUUUUGGUUCAGCUUUUCUUGGGCCAAACUUGUGGGAUAAAACAUACAAUGAUCCAGAUUUUAACUUGGAGUACAUGGAUUUGGACGAGUUCUUGCAUGAAAAUGGAAUCCCCUUAGGAGAUGAGGAACUGGCAGCACUGGCCGAUUCCAGUGCAAAGAUGCAGAAUCGGUCUCCAGCCCAAAUGUCACCUAAACAAAUAUCAACUCCUCCUCUUAACAUACAGCCACGGUUCUCUCCUAGCCCAAUACAGACCACACAACAUCUUCCUCAAUCUACAACUUCAUCAGUGAUGGGAUCUCCAUGUCAUUCUAAUCCUCCUCCAUCACCUCCAGCUAUAUCACCAGCCUGCGUGUCUCCUCCACACAGCCCAGUCGUAGCUGAUGUACCGUUCAACGUAAGCCCCCAGGAUUUACAGUUAGUGACUGUCCCAGGUCAAGAAAUGUUUGAUCCCCGUAAACGUGCAUUUACUGAAGAAGAACUGAAACCCCAACCUCUCAUUAAAAAGUCAAAGAAGGUAUUUGUACAAGAUGAAAGAAAGGAUGAUAAAUAUUGGGCUCGUAGAAAUAAAAACAACACAGCCGCCAAACGGUCAAGAGAUGCCCGUAGACUGAAGGAGAACCAGAUUGCUAUGAGGGCAGCAUUUUUGGAAAAAGAGAAUAACAUAAUGAAAGCAGAAAUGGAAAAAUUGAAGAAAGAGAACCAUCACUUGAAGCACAGAUUGACAAAAUAUGAAACAAGUUAAAUGUUUUAUGUUUGGUGUACAUCCUCAUUACUGUUCCUCACAUCACUCUAUAUUUGACACGUAUUGAGGUCUAGUAAUUUAUUAAUAUUGUCAUUCAUUAUUACAAGUAUAGGUUCUAUGAAAUUGGAAAAAUAGUAGAAACAUAAAGAAGGCAAUUUUCACUCACAUUUUCCUUAUCACCGUAUUUUAAUAUGAUAUAAAUAUGUAUCGUAUGAUCAUAAUUCAUUAAAUUAUACAUAUCCAAUAAUGUGUACUGAAAAAAAUAACAUUGUAAAUUAUGCAUGAGAUUUUUCAUACACUCAGUUUUUAAAAUACGGUUUAUGAAUUUGUUGCAUGUGGAUUUUAUCCAGUGAAAAAUAUGAUAUUUAUCUUAAAUGAACAUCUAAAUUUGAAUUACCGGUAAUUGUGGUAUGGAUAUAGUUUAUAUACCAAUGUGUAUGCUCAAAGUAAUCAUCAGUCACUCAACAAUGACCUAUGAAAGUAUAUGUCACAUCUGUAUGUCUGUUGAUUUAGUUAUUGCGUUUCAGUGAUGUCUCGUAUAAUUCUGUACUUAAUAGUACAGUAUGAUUAGUACUAUAUAUGUUCAGACAGAGAUACUACAACAUUUAUAUAAUAGCUGUGUUUAUAUCGCAUCAAGGUCAGGUUAUUUAGUGCUGUAUUUCUUGGCUUGACAACAUAAAUAAUGACAGUGUAUCAGUUCUUGGUGUAAAUGCAGCUAUUGUUAUGGGUUAAUUCUCAACAAUAUAUUACUGAUAUUUAAAGAUGGCCAUAUGUCAACCUUAAAGGACAAUAUUGGUGCCAGUCAUUAUCACAUAUGUGAUAGAGCUGGUUAAACACAUUCCAAAUAUAAUUUUAACACAGAGAUCAUUGCUACGAUAGC